AGGGAUGCACAGGACCAGAGAGAUGAGGAGAAGAUAGAACACAGAGACACCCAAAGCAGGGCCCGAUGCACUGGACACCCUUCUCCCACAAGGCAUAAAUAGCUCAAAAGACAAAGCCAUUCUUGACACACAGAGAACAUAUUCCCCUCCCCUUCAGUGUGAAGCUCACGCCUCUCGCCUCCAUUUUCAUGUGAAGCUUCUCAAGAUUCUUGCAUGCCUUUGCCGUUCCCUCUAUCUACCCAUCUACCACCUCUCUAUCUCUGCAUCCACCCGUUUAUCUGUCUCUCCAAGUCUCUAUAAGCUCACUGAAACAGCAGCAAUGGCAUUGCCAAUGGCUGCGUAUUCUAGCUAGUUCCUCACCACAUUUCGCAAGCUGCAAGAAUUGUAGGCCAGAUGAAGGCUCUUCAUCCUUUUGCCUUGCUCCCCUUCUUGAUUUUUCUUCUACUAUCCACCGAUAAUGCCAGUGGCUAUGGACAUGGCGAGGCGUUGCAUGGAGAUGCGCUGGCCUUGCUCUCCCUCAAGGCCUCCCUCAGCUGCCGCCCCCACGUGCUGCGCUCGUGGCUGCCGGGCAAUGUCGCCUCGGUGUGCGAGUGGACCGGCGUCCGCUGCGCCGGCGGCAGAGUGGUCUCCGUCGACAUCGCCAACAUGAACGUGUCCACUGGCGCGCCCGUGACGGCCGAGGUGACUGGGCUCGCCGCGCUUGCGAACCUCUCCCUCGCCGGGAACGGCAUCGUGGGCGCGGUGGUCGUGUCCGCCCUCCCGGAGCUCCGCUACGUCAAUGUCUCCGGCAACCAGCUCGGCGGCGGCCUCGACGGCUGGGACUUCCCGUCGCUCCCCAGCCUCGAGGUGUUCGACGCCUACGACAACAACUUCUCCUCCUCGCUCCCGCCCGGCGUGACGGCGCUGGCGCGGCUCCGGUACCUUGACCUUGGCGGCAAUUACUUCUCCGGGGUGAUACCCGCGUCGUACGGCGGGAUGCUGGCUCUGGAGUACCUGUCCCUCAACGGCAACAACCUGCAGGGCGCCAUCCCGCCGGAGCUCGGCAACCUGACGAGCCUCAGGGAGCUCUACCUCGGGUACUACAACGCAUUCGACGGCGGCAUCCCGGCGGAGCUCGGCCGGCUGCGCAACCUCACCAUGCUGGACGUCUCCAACUGCGGCCUCACCGGGAGCAUCCCGUCGGAGCUCGGCGGGCUCGCCUCUCUCGACACGCUGUUCCUCCACACCAACCAGCUGACGGGCGAAAUCCCGCCGGAGCUCGGCCACCUCACGGCGCUCACCAGGCUGGACCUGUCCAACAACGCGCUCACCGGCGAGGUGCCGAGCACCCUGGCGUCCCUCACCUCGCUCCGGCUGCUCAACCUGUUCCUCAACCGGCUCCACGGCCCGGUCCCUGACUUCGUGGCCGCGCUGCCGCUGCUGGAGACGCUGCAGCUCUUCAUGAACAACUUCACCGGCCGCGUCCCGGCGGGCCUCGGCGCCAACGCGGCGCUCCGGCUCGUCGACCUGUCAUCGAACCGGCUCACCGGCAUGAUCCCCGAGAUGCUGUGCUCCUCCGGCGAGCUGCACACCGCCAUCCUCAUGAACAACUUCCUCUUCGGCCCCAUCCCCGGGCCGCUCGGCUCGUGCGCGAGCCUCACCCGGGUCCGGUUCGGCCACAACUACCUCAACGGCACCAUUCCCGCCGGCUUCCUCUACCUCCCGCGGCUCAACCUGCUGGAGCUGCAGAACAACCUGCUCUCCGGUCCGGUCCCGUCGAACCCGAGCCCGACCCUAGCCGGUUCGCAGCUGGCUCAGCUCAACCUGUCCAACAACCUGCUGUCCGGGCCGCUGCCUGCCGCGCUGGCCAACCUCUCCGCGCUGCAGACGCUGCUGGUCAGCAACAACCGUCUCGCCGGCGCCGUGCCGCCGGAGGUGGGCGAGCUCCGGCUGCUCGUGAAGCUCGACCUCAGCGGCAAUGAGCUGUCCGGGCCGAUACCGGAGGCCAUCGGCCGGUGUGGGCAGCUCACGUACAUUGACCUCAGCACCAACAACCUGUCUGGUCCUAUCCCAGAGGCCAUCGCCGGGAUAAGAGUGCUGAAUUACCUCAACCUGUCGAGGAACCAGCUCGAGGAGUCCAUCCCCGCGGCGAUCGGGGCGAUGAGCAGCCUCACGGCGGCCGACUUCUCCUACAACGACCUGUCCGGCCAGCUGCCGGACACGGGCCAGCUGAGGUACCUGAACGAGACGGCGUUCGCGGGCAACCCGAGGCUGUGCGGGCCGGUGCUGAACCGGCCCUGCAACAUCAGCAGCGACACCGGCGGGUCGACGGCCGUCAGCCCGCGGCGGGCGACGGCGGGGGACUACAAGCUGGUGUUCGCGCUGGGGCUGCUGGCGUGCUCGGUGGUAUUCGCCGUGGCGGCCGUGCUGCGCGCGAGGUCGUACCGCGGCGGGCCGGACGGCGCGUGGCGGUUCACGGCGUUCCACAAGGUGGACUUCGGCAUCGCUGAGGUGAUCGAGUGCAUGAAGGACGGGAACGUGGUGGGCCGCGGCGGCGCCGGCGUGGUGUACGCGGGGCGGGCGCGGUCGGGCGGCGCGAUCGCGGUGAAGCGGCUGAACGGCGGCGGGCGGCACGACCACGGGUUCCGCGCGGAGAUCCGGACGCUGGGCAGCAUCCGGCACCGGAACAUCGUGCGGCUGCUGGCCUUCUGCACCAACGACCGGGAGGCGAACGUGCUGGUGUACGAGUACAUGGGCGGCGGCAGCCUCGGCGAGGUGCUCCACGGCAAGGGCGGCGGGUUCCUGGCGUGGGACCGGCGGUACCGGAUCGCGCUGGAGGCGGCGCGCGGGCUCUGCUACCUGCACCACGACUGCAGCCCGAUGAUCGUGCACCGCGACGUCAAGUCCAACAACAUCCUCCUCGGCGACGACCUGGAGGCCCACGUGGCGGACUUCGGGCUGGCCAAGUUCCUCCGCUCCGGCUCCGGCGGCGGCGCGGCCAACGCCGGCGCCUCCGAGUGCAUGUCCGCCGUCGCCGGGUCGUACGGCUACAUCGCGCCAGAGUACGCGUACACCUUGAGAGUGGACGAGAAGAGCGACGUGUACAGCUUCGGCGUCGUCCUGCUGGAGCUCGUCACCGGCAGGCGGCCGGUGGGGGACUUCGGCGAAGGGGUGGACAUCGUGCAGUGGGCGAAGCGGGUCACCGACGGCCGGCGGGAGAGCGUGCCCAAGGUCGUCGACCGCCGGCUGAGCACGGUGCCCAUGGACGAGGUGUCCCACCUCUUCUUCGUGUCCAUGCUCUGCGUCCAGGAGAACAGCGUGGAGCGCCCGACGAUGAGGGAGGUGGUGCAGAUGCUGUCCGAGUUCCCCCGCCACGCCUCCAGCCAGCCCUCGCCGUCGUCGGCGCCGGAGCCGGAGAAGGAGCCCAACUGCUACAAGCUGUUCCCGGAUCUGCUGAACUAAGUCCGGCAGAAUAAAUCAAGCAGCAAAUUGACGUUGCUACUACAGAGUACUCAGGGCUGAAUUACAGCACUACUAAUUGGGGCUAGCAUUCUACAGUUCUUGGGUAGAUCGACAGUGAGGGUGACAGGAGACGGGGAAGAGCAAUAAACAUGUAACUUUGUUUUUCCCCUUCUCAUCUUCUUUUCUACUAUAUCUUCUUUUCUUUUCAUCAAAGGUGUAUAGGGUGUGAUCAUAUGCUACUACCAUCUAGGGGUUUGUGCUGUCCAAUGUAAUAGUCAUCUCCAUCAUGGCUUUGGCCCUUUGUAAUCUCCUGGUAAUCUUCAGCCACCAUC